UCACACUAAGAAAAUGUGUAAAGCAAGGAAGCAACAUCUCACCAAAUCAACUAAACUCAGAGUCAUGUUAUAUACCUGCUGUUGAUAACAUCAAUCUCGUGAAGCGUUUACACAAUGCACAACCUCUUUCCUCUUCUGCAACUCACCAUCAGGGCACUGAACAAACUUAGUCUUCGCACCCAUAAUCAUAAUCCCUAGACCUAGAAAACGAUUUUGAAGUCCGGGAAGAUCGUUUUCUUCGGUGAUAAACAAGUUUAUCACGGCCCAAUCUUCUACCAUGCACUCAUGGGCUGUGAACCAAACCCAUCCUCUCAUUUAUAUUGUUUAGGCUUUUUCCUUUUGUAUUACCCAUUGUCUAUAAUUCUCUAUAUAUUUCAAAACUAUUUAAAGUUUUUAUAUACUUAUUAAUAAAUUAUUUAUUUUACCUCUUUUUGUAUGAAAAUAGCAUUAACUAAAUAAAAUUUAACCCAAAAAAAAUUAUAAUAUAAAACUUAAUGGGUCAAAUAUACCCAAUAAUAUUAAAUUUUAUCAUAAAUUUUGAAAAUAUAAAUUAAAUUGAAACAAAAACAAAACUUAAAACACCAUUUAAAAUGAAACAGGGGUAAUAUACUAUGUGCUAUAUUCAUCCAAAAAGUAUUUAGAAUAACCAACCCUACACAGCCUGUGCUUAUGGGUAUUAAUCAUGUGUGUUAACAUCACAAUCAAUCUGAAAUUCACAUGGAUUAGUCUUUAUUGCAAACACGUCAAAACAUAUCACAAUCAAUCUGAAAUUCACAUGGAUUAGUCUUUAUUGCAAAAACGUCAAAUCAAACGAAAUCUCUUGCUGGUCCUCUUGAAGUUUACUAGUUUGACUAGAAAACAUAUUUAAAGAAAUAAAACAUCAACAACAUUGGAAUCUUUCGUUGAUUAUAUAGUUGUGCUUUUGUUUUGUGUAUGAUAUAUAUGAGAAAUGAACUGAAAUCGAGACCGUGUUAUGUUACUCAUUCGGUUUCCAUAGUAUUUAUAUAUAAAUACAUACAAAAUACUGAUUUAAAUUUUAUUAUUUAAAAUUUUGUUUGAAUAGCAAGCACUUGCAUUUCUGGCACAGUGCUGAACUCCAACAAAAACAGCACAUGGGCUCAGAUCUAUGCUGACACUCCCAUCAAUUUUCGCUUGUUAUUAUUAAAACUAUCUUCAUUUAGUAAUUUUUUUAAUCAAAAAACAUUCAAACAGCAGUAAUUUAUUAAACAUAAUCUCGAUGAAAGGACACUUGGAAGAGUAUAAGUGGCGACAGACCAGUCAAAGGCAAAAUACAGAGACGGAGACACGAUCGAGGCGUGGAGUCAAAGCAAACACUCUGUCUUUUGGUCAAAAUGUCUAGCUGGAGCUUUUGCAUGUCGUGGGACCCAUUCUUUAUUUUUUUCUUUCUUUUUCGUGCUUAAAUAGUAAGGAUAUUUUUCUACCUUUUUCAGUAAUAAUUCCACUCUCCCUUUACAAAAACUAUUGAUAAAGGCUAAUGAUUUGUGUUAAUUGUUGUUACAAUACAAAAAGACUCGACUGAAAUUAGGCAUUGUAAUAAUCGUUGCACGUGUUUUAACCAGUACGGGUUACUCUCCCUCGUGGGUAAGUGUAGACUGGUAGUAGCAGCUUUUUUGACUUACGUGCGAGUUUUUUUACUGCUCACGUCAUUCUAGUUUUACUACCCUAAACUCUUUUUUUCAUAAAUCAACGAUACGACAUUAAUUACUUCAACUAAUUUGAAUAAAAUUUGUUUAUCUUGUUAAAUCCAUAGAUAAAAACUUGAGCUUUUGCACGUGUGGUGCACAUGAGCCUGUGUAUUUUUUUUUUAGUUUAAAGAAAAGAAAAAACGAAUUCAACCCGAAUCUUUAAGACAGAGAAAACGAAAGUCUUUGGUCCAAACCAAAAGAAAAGGUUUCCUUUCCCUUUUUUUUGUCUAUUUACUUUAAUAAUUUUUUUUUUGUUUUCUCACGAAACACCAGACCAGAUCCAUUCUUAUCCAUCUUCUUCUUCGCGAGUCUCUUAAGCUCUGUCUCCUCUUCAAUUCCUCUCAACUCCACUUCCCUUUCAAAGCUCUCACUCUCAAUCAACUCAUCGAAAAUGCCAAUGUUUCAACCGUUCAAAGGCGGUGGCUUCGACGGCCACGUCAUAGAUCUACACACGGCGGUCAAAGACGGCGUCCUCGGCGGCGGAGAUGGCGGAGACGGCAAAACCGCGGCGGCGGAGAACGAACUAGAUCUCAAAACGAUGAUCACAAACCUCGAAUUACAAGAAACACCCUCUGUCUUCAUCUGCCCCAUCUCUCUAGACCCGAUGCAAGAUCCAGUCACGCUCUGCACCGGUCAAACCUACGAGCGCUCCAACAUCCUCAAAUGGCUGAGCUUAGGACACCGCACGUGCCCCACCACGAUGCAAGAGCUUUGGGACGACGCCGUCACGCCGAACAAGACGCUUCACCAGCUGAUCCACGCUUGGUUCUCGCAGAAGUAUGUGAUGAUGAAGAAACGGUCGGAGGAUGUUCAGGGGAGAGUGAUCGAGAUUGUCGGGGCGUUGAGGAAGGCUAAAGGGAAAGAGAAAGUUCACGCCUUGAGCGAGCUUAAGGGAGUUGUGAUGGCCCACGAGAUCGCUAAGAAGAGCGUUGUUGAGGAAGGUGGAGUCUUUGUCAUCUCUUCUCUUUUAACUCCGUUUACUUCUCACGCCGUUGGUUCAGAGGCUGUAGCGAUUUUGGUUAAUUUAGAGCUUGAUGCUGUUUCGAAAGCGGGGCUGAUGCAGCCCGCUAGGGUCUCGUUGAUGGUCGACAUGUUGAACGAUGGUUCGAUCGAGACGAAAAUCAACUGCGCGAGGUUGAUUGGGAGGUUGGUCGAGGAGAGAGGGUUUAGAGUGGAGCUUGUUUCUAGUCACAGUUUGCUUGUCGGGUUGAUGAGAUUGGUUAAAGAUAGACGGCGAAGAAACGGCGUUUCGCCAGCUUUGGCGCUGCUCAAAUCUAUUACGGUUCAUAAACAAGUUAGAAGCUUGAUGGUUAGUGUUGAAGCGGUUCCUCAGUUAGUUGACGUGUUGCCUUGUUUAGGACCAGAGUGUUUGGAAUCAGCUCUUUAUGUUUUGGACUCGUUGUGUUCGGAUAACGAAGGAGUAACGGCGUUGAAAGAGUCUGUUAACACGAUUCCUAAUACGGUUAGGUUGCUGAUGAGAGUGUCUGAGACGUGCACGGCUUACGCGGUUUCGAUUCUUUGGUCGGUUUGCAGAUUAGCUUCUCGAGAGUGUUCGUCUCUUGCGGUUGAACUUGGUUUGGCUGCUAAACUACUGCUUGUGAUACAAAGUGGAUGUGAUCCAGCUUUGAAGCAACGUUCAGCUGAGUUGUUGAAGUUGUGUAGUUUACAUUAUUCAGAUACAAUGUUUAUUUCUAAAUGUAAGCUUGCUCCAACGAUUCAAUAAUGUUUUUUUUUUUUUUUGACAAAUCUUGUCUUUUUAAGAAAUAUAUCAGAUUAAAUUCGUAUUUGUACAUUGGAGGGGAAUUAAAAGUUUUUUCUUAACAUGCA